AUGGCUUGUUCAUCCAAGAUUAAUGUCAUCAUGGCUCUUGUUAUGAUUGUAACAUUAGUGUCAAUUGGACAAGCCACAGCAGCUCGUCGUCUUCAGCAAGCUGGUGGUCUUCCUGGUUUCCCCUCAUACCCUUUGCCUACAACCCCAGGUUUUCCUACUCCAUCUGUUGGUGGCUUCCCCUCAUUCCCUAUGCCUACAACCCCAGGUUUUCCUACACCAUCAGUUGGUGGCUUUCCAGGCCUCCCAAGUUUUCCAUUCCCUGCUCCAUCUGAUCCCAAUGUUCCUGCAAAAACCACUACUCCUUGA